AUGAAGCACCUCGCAGCUUACCUCCUCCUCGGCCUCGCCGGCAACACCUCGCCUUCUGCCAAGGACAUCAAGGGCGUCCUUGAGUCCGUCGGCAUCAGCGCCGAUGACGAGCGCCUCAGCACUCUUCUCUCCGAGCUCGAGGGCAAGGACAUCAACGAGCUGAUCGCUGAGGGUUCUUCCAAGCUCGCCUCCGUCCCGUCUGGCGGUGCCGGUGGUGCUGCCGCUGCUGGCGGUGCCGCUGCCGGUGGCGCUGCUGCCGCUGACGCUCCCGCCGAGGAGAAGAAGGAGGAGGAGAAGGAGGAGUCCGAUGACGACAUGGGCUUCGGUCUCUUCGACUAA